AUGUAUCUAUCUAUCUUUCUAUCUGUCUAUGUAUCUUUGUUUUUUGUAUCUAUCUAUCUCAGUCUGUUCUUAUCUAUCUAUCUAUCUAUUUAUCUAUCUAUCUAUCUAUCUAUCUAUCUAUCUAUCUAUCUAUCUCAUCCCUAUACUGAAUCUCAGUCUAUUCAUAUCUAUCUAUCUAUCUAUCUAUCUAUCUAUCUAUCUAUCUAUCUAUCUCUCUAUCUAUCUAAUAACACACGUAUCUGUCUAUCGUGUCAUAUCUAUCUAUCUCAGUCUAUUCAUAUCUAUCUAUCUAUCUAUCUAUCUAUCUAUCUAUCUAUCUAUCUAUCUAAUAACACACGUAUCUGUCUAUCGUGUCAUAUCUAUCUAUCUAUCUAUCUAUCUAUCUAUCUAUCUAUCUAUCUAUCUACCUACCUACAAUAUUUCUUCUUCGUUAUUAUCUCCUCUCUUUUCUUCUCCUUUUCUUUUUAUAUUGAUUUCUCUUUUCUCUUUUUCUUCUUUUCCUUCUAUAUUUAUUUUGCCUUUUCUUCUUUCAUUUGGUUCUUCUUCUUUUUGUUCUUCUUCACUUUCUCUUCUACUUCUUUUUCCCCUUCUUCUUCUUUUUCUUCUUCUUCUUCUUCAUUCUCUUGUUUUCCCCAUCUUCUUCUUCUUCUUCUUCUUCUUCUUCUUCUUCUUCAUUCUCUUCUUUUUCCCCUUCUUCUUCUUCUUCUUCUACAUUUUCUUCUUUUCCCCUUCUUCUUCUUCAUUCUCUUCUUUUCCUCCUCCUCCUUCUUCUUCUACAUUCUCUUCUUUUUUCCUUUCUUCUUCUUCCACAUUCCAUCUACUUCUUCCCCUUCUAUUCGCAUUUCUUUCUUUCUUUCUUUCUUUCUUUCUUUCUUUCUUUCUUUCUUUACCUGUUUUCUUUCUUUCUUUCUUCCUUCCUUUCUUUCUUUCUUUCUUUCAAUUUGUUGUAAUGUGUCUAUUACUUAG